AUGGUGAAGACUCUCUGGGCGCUGAUCUUACUGGUAGUAGCUAAAUGUUGUGGUAAUGUGGUGUACCAUUCAACAGACGUCGAGAAUGGAGAUCAUUUUCGUCAGAAGCGCGAGCAUCGCCGACGUUCGGUGUCACUGGAGUCGGAGAGCGGACCACGUGUUGUGAAGUGGUCUGGUCGUCACAAUGAGCACAUUUGCCGUGAGGAGAUUACUGUGUACGGUACUCAUGCGGAAAAUAUGGAACUUCUCGAUAUGAAGAAUGCUCUCAAUAUCGUUAAGAAUGAUCUUAUUGCAAGAGUUGAUGAAUUGAGCAGCGAAAAUGCGAUUCUCCGAGAUGAGGUGCAUAGUUUCGAGAUGGUACGAGUCAAAAUGAGCGAAAACAUUGCGAAACUCGAAGAGGAGCUGAAAUCUGUGAAGCAGAAAUUAGCCGAGAAGGAAGCCGAGGAAGAGGAAGAGGUACCGCUAGCGCAGAGAAAGAGAUUCACACGCAUGGAGAUGCAGCGGGUCCUUAUCGAUAGAAAUAUGUACAAGGAAAAACUCAUGGAAUUGGAAGAGUCUCUCAAGUGGACUGAGAUGCAGAGAGCAAGGAAACUCCAAGCGCAAGCACCUCCUCCCAAAAAAGGAGGAAUCUGGGACUUUUUCUCGGGCCUUUUCGGUGAUACAUCGCCACCAACUCAGCCUCGUCGAGCGGGGUUACGUGCUGACGCACGCGGAAAAAGUCAAAUGACACGAAGUGUGGAGUACUUGGAUCCAGAAAUGAUAUCAGAGCGACGAGCCGCUGAGCGAAGGGAACAGUACAAACUCGUACGUGAGCACGUUAAACGGGAUGACAGUGGUCGAAUUGAGGCAUAUGGGUGGUCUUUGCCAGCUGUAUUGGACAAGUCGAAUGCCUCAACCAUGGUACCAGUCCCGGUUUGUUGCCGUCCACUUAUGGAAAACCAGCCAUCUAUCAAGGUUUGGUGUGCGACAUCCGUGAUCCUCCGUGGAGGAAUCGACAAGGAUGGAAAGUUCAUUACAGGAAAUCCAGUGUACUUUUCUCCUAGCGCUGCUAAGGUUCCACGAGGUGCAAAUAGCGACGACCAGCUCGAAAAUGAGAUAUCGCGCGCUCGUGCUCUGGAUGCCAGGGAAUGUGAGCUGGCAGAAUGGCAGACAUCGUCAGUUAUCUGGGUUGGCAGCUCAAAUCAAGGCAAAAGUCAUGUGGCAGUGUUGGACGCCAAUAACCCGAACAAUGUUGUUGAGACAUUCCGUGCAUGCGAAAGCCAUCUGCUGUGUAUACGUGGUGUCCCAGGUGUGUCCGAAGAUGAUCCUUCGUUGGAUGAGGCAGGUGCAAAGGCGUUCUUAUGUGGAGGCGGCAAGGUCAAAGAUGUACCGGAUGGCAUCGAAUUCUCUGAAUUGGGCGCUUGCGAGUGGGUAGAAUUACGGAAGAUGGAGGACUCCGAAGAUGGUGUUCCAACAUACUGCAGCAACGAUAUGCGGCCAAGUCCGAAGCGAACUCGAGAUUUUAGCGUUAGCGACACAGAAGCAGUCACCGGAUCAGCUGAAGUGAAACCAGUUCCAAUGGAUAAAGUAGAUGAGGAGGUAUCGGAGGAUCAGAGUGCUGAAAAUACUGCUGAAUCUCCUGAGACUAACGUACUGAUUCUACUCGAAAAAUCGAAAGAACAAAAAGAUGAUGUGGAGCCUCAACGACCAUCCGGAAGUCGGGUUGGAAGGGCUGCAUUGCCAUCGCAUGUUCGUGAAGCAAUGAACAAGUACGAUGAGAACGUCACUGACAUUCCCACAGGAUGGCCCACCGUAUGGAUGGGCAGCCAGAAUCAGUACAUCUAUAUACACUCAGCCGUGGCAUCAUGGAAACGAUGUCUACGACGGAUAAAAAUGCCGGAUGCCGUGCUUUCUAUUAUACACUACAAAGGACGCGUCUUUGCUGCAUUGGCCAAUGGAACUCUUGCCGUUUUUCAUAGAGCAAAAGGUGGUGAAUGGGCAGAUUUUGGAUAUCACACAAUUCGUGUUGGUCCAGCUACUUCAUCUGUGCGGUGUCUUUGUGUCGUGGCAAACAACAUUUGGGCGGCUUACAAAAACUGUAUUGUAGUAGUGGAUGGAGAGAGCCUACAGAUUGUUAAAGUAUUUGCCGCGCAUCCACGCCGAGACAGCCAGGUGCGCGCAGUUCAGUGGGUAGGCGCUGGUGUCUGGAUAUCGAUACGACUGGAUUCCACUUUGCGCAUGUACCAUGCUCAUACAUUUGAACACCUCCAAGAUGUCGAUAUUGAACCAUAUGUUACCAAAAUGCUAGGUACUUCACGGCUGGACUUUUCAUACAUGCGUACUACUGCACUUCUUAUAUCCAACCGACGGCUUUGGAUUGGUACCGGUACAGGAGUUGUAAUCUCAGUACCGCUAAGCGACAGUUUGGAGCAGAAGGUUGAAACUAGUGAUGCAAAGAAGUCGUCCGGCGGCCCUGGUGGAUUAGUGCGAGUGUAUUCAAGCAAUAAAGAUGGGAAAGAUAAUGCGACUUCUUCAAAAGAUGGAGGUGGAGCGUUUAUUCCAUAUUGCAAUCUAACGCAGGCCCAACUUUCCUUCCAUGGCCACAAGGAUAGCGUGAAGUUCUUCCUUGCCGUGCCUGGUGCCCCACGUGAAGUUGAAGACGAUCAAGAAGCAGAGCUACGAAAAAUGUUGGUGAUUUCUGGUGGUGACGGUUACAUCGACUUCCGAAUAGGUUUACACUAUUUCGAGAUGGCUCUACGGGUGCAACAUUCUAAGAAAGCAAUGUCAUUCUUUAUAGACCUAGGUUGUGGAUCAAAGGCAUUCAUGGAAUACAAAGAACUUCCUGGCAGAGUGCUAGAAUUCCAUCAUACAGAAACACCGUUUUAUCGUCGAGGAGAAGGUAUCGCAAAACUGCUUGUAAAGGAAGGCUUCAAGUAUGCUGCUGAAAACAAGUACAAAAUCUUACCAACCUGUUGGUACGUACUGAACUACGUGGAGACCGAAGCAAGUUGUGGAUCAAAGGCAUUCAUGGAAUACAAAGAACUUCCUGGCAGAGUGCUAGAAUUCCAUCAUACAGAAACACCGUUUUAUCGUCGAGGAGAAGGUAUCGCAAAACUGCUUGUAAAGGAAGGCUUCAAGUAUGCUGCUGAAAACAAGUACAAAAUCUUACCAACCUGUUGGUACGUACUGAACUACGUGGAGACCGAAGCAAGUGAGGAAGAACGGAAGCUCACAACAAUUUAUACAUGUGAAUAA